AUGAAGGUGAAGAAAUCAACUCGAUCCAAGGUCCCUACUGCAUGUGUUAAUUGCAGAAAAAGAAAAAUCAAAUGCACAGGUAAAUACCCGUGCACAAACUGUAUCUCUUAUGAUUGUACGUGCGUCUUUUUGAAAAAGAAUUUGACUCAGGAAAAGGAUACGUCCCUGCCUUUGGCCACUACAACUGUUCCUCGGUCUUCUUCACACCACAAUGAAAAAGUUUCUGCAGAUGCACAUCAUCUUGAUAGUGUGAUUAAGCUAGAUAACCAAGAUUAUUUCAAAUUGGUGAAUGAGCCGAUACAAACUCCGGUCUCUCCGAACACUACAAAUGCAUCCGAUGCGACUAAUAACAAUAAUAUUCUUUUUGAAGAUGAUUCUGAUUACCAGAAGCAGCUGAUUACGUAUCAGAAAAUUUUAACAAAUCUGUAUAGUUUGCCCCCGUGUGCUGAUACGCAGGUUUUGAUUAAUAGCACCAAGUCACAGUUGAAUAAUUUGAUUAGUAACUGGAAACCUGGAAUUGAUUACCAUAAGCUUUCCAACCUCUCUCCCCCUCCACAAAGGUCCAUAGAAACGUGCCUUUUAACUAAUAAGUAUAGAAAUAAAAUAUACAUGACACGGUUCUCCUUUUGGACUGAUCAAAUGGUUAAAAGUCAUAGUUCAGAUUCAUUUUUGGCUACUACCCCAUUAGUUGAUGAAGUAUUUGGCCUUUUCUCUCCAAUACAGGCAUUUUCGUUAAGGGGCAUUGGCUAUUUAAUAAAGAAAAAUCUUGACAAUACAGGCCCACUGAUGCGAAUAGACACAAAGGAAACUAUUUACUUGAUACUAAGAUUGUUUGAUUUGUGCUAUGAGCAUUUAAUUCAAGGUUGCAUCUCCAUUGCUAACCCAUUGGAGAACUAUCUUCAGAAAAUGAAGCAAUCCUUUACUGCGGCAGCACCCGCUACUUUGCCCACUUCUCCGACACCUUUAUCCAGUGACUUGGUGGUCUCUGUUGUUAAUCAAUUGCCUCAACCGUUCAUACAAACGAUUACUGGUUUCACGACUUCCCAACUAAUAGAUAAUCUACAUGACUCAUUUUCGAUGUUUCGAAUAGUGACAGAAAUGUAUGCACAGCAUAGAAAGCACUUUGCGGAAUACUUAAAUCAAGCGUUUUCUUUACCUCUUCAAAAGAGUAACUUGUUUUCAUCAUUUUGUUCCUCGGAAUAUCUUUUAUCCACUCUUUGUUACGCGUACUAUAAUAUCACCUUAUAUCACAUGUUGGACGUAAACACUUUGGAUUAUUUAGAAAUUUUAGUGUCGUUGCUAGAAAUCCAGAAUGAAAUUGAUGAACGUUUUGGAUUUGAAAAAAUGCUAGAAGUUGCAGUCACAUGUUCCAUUAAGAUGGGAUUGUCCCGUUGGGAAUAUUAUGUUGGAAUAGAUGAAAACACUGCUGAAAGAAGAAGAAGAAUUUGGUGGAAGAUUUACUGCCUGGAAAAGCGUUUUUUAACUGAUCUUGGUGACCUGUCUUUAAUUAAUGAACGUCAAAUGAACUGUCUUUUGCCAAAGGACUUCAGGGACAUGGGAUUCAUCAAUCAUAAUGAAUUUCUAACAAAAAUUAGCACAUGCUCACUAUCACCAUCAUCGCCCGAAAUAGAGAGGUUGUCUUUGUCCCGAUUGAUUGAGUAUGGAAAGCUAGCGAUCGCACAAAUUGUUGGGAAUUUUUUUUCAGAAACUCUUUAUAAUGAGAAGUUCACAUCUUUAGAAACAUCGGUUAAACCUGCGCUCGUUAGGCAAAAGUUAUUGGAGAAUGUUUUUGAAGAUGUUGAGUCAUUAAGGAUGAAAUUGGCUAAAAUAAAAUAUCACACUUCGAGAGUUUUUGAGGUAGCUCACUCUAGAUAUCCAGACUACUCAAAAAAUGAUUUGAUUGAGGCAGCUAAGUUUGUAAGUUACCAUAAAAAGACAUGGUUUUCUAUCUGGGGUGCUGUUACCAAUUUAAUUGCUAGACUAUCCGAAGAUCCAGAAGUAUUAACCGAGCAAACCUUGAAAUAUGCGGAUGAAAUGUAUCGAGAUUGGAAAGAAAUUAAUCAAUUCUUAAUACAGGUUGAUACCGAUUUUAUUGUUUGGACUUGUUUAGACUUUUAUGAGCUGAUAUUUUUCGUGAUGGCUUCAAGGUUUUAUGUUGAAAAUCCGCACAUUAGUUUGGAGGAUGUUAUUAAUACUUUGAAAGUCUUUAAGAGAAUUACCAAUAUCAUGUCUUUCUUUAACAAUAAUUUAGACGAAAAAGAUUAUGACUGUCAAACUUUUAAAGAGUUUUCGAGAAGUUCGAGCUUAGUUGCUAUAUCGAUAAGGAUCAUAUUUAUAAAAUACUGUGAUUCUGAACAAAUUGAUAGAGCUGAAAUAAUUGAACGUUUGAAAGAAGUUGAACCGAAGUUGAGUGAUCUUUUGAGGGAGUUUUUUGAUACUCGUUCUUUUAUUUACAAAUAUAUGUUGAAAUCUGUUGAGAAAUCAGGCUUCCAUUUAACAAUUAGAAAAAUGUUAGAAAGUGACUACAAAAUUUUAUGCAGGGAUAAAGCCGCCACUGGAAAUGUUUCUGAACAAGGUAAUGUAAACCAAGUUUCACAGCCAUAUGACGGAACGGUUCCUGUGUACAGUAAUUCUUCUACUUCACCAGCAAAUUCGCCGUUGAAGCUAUCGUCGUUGUUGAACUCUGGAGAGGAAUCUUACGCCCAAGACGCAUCAGAAAAUACUUCAUGUAAUUUACCACACCAGCGUCGAUCGUUGCAGCCUCCUAAAAGACAACCAUUUGCGCUCAGCCAAGUAGGUGGUAACGAGAAUAGUAUAUACAAUCUUGGCACUUUAGAGGAGUUUGUUAACAGUGGCGAUUUGACGGAUUUAUAUCACACCCUUUGGAAUGAUAGUACUUCAGAUCCAUUCUUAUAA